AUGGACCAAAUAGAACGACAGCCGCUAUUAAACACCAUCCAGCAUGUACCAAAAGCCACCCUGACCCCCGCGAGCGCAUACAUUCUCGUCAUCUCCCGUGUCAUCGGCAGCGGCAUCUUCGCCACCCCCGGGUCCAUCUUCCGCUCCUCUGGUAGCAUCGGACUGUCCCUUCUGAUAUGGGUCGUCGGUACGGUCCUCGCCGCGUGCGGCAUGGGCGUCUCCAUGGAAUGGGGGACCAUGUUUCCUCACUCGGGAGACACUGACUCUGUCGCCGUCCAGGUGUACGUCGAGUAUGCGUUUCCCCGACCGCGAUUCCUCGCGUCAACUCUCAUCGCUGUCCAGGCCGUUCUGCUGGGGUUUACAGCCAGCAAUUGCAUCGUAUUUGCAAGGUAUACCCUGUUUGCCCUGGGCGCGGCCCACUCAUCCGACGCGGGGGUGAAAACCCUCGCCAUAGGGCUCCUCACGGCCAUUACGCUCUGCCAUGGCUGUUUCCCACGUGUCGGUAUUGCCGUACAAAACGUGUUAGGCUGGGUCAAGAUCGUGUUGAUCGCAGCUAUGUCCCUGACCGGACUGUGGGUCAUCCUAUGGCGGCCUGCGGCUCCCCGCCAGACUCCCAUCGCGUGGCACUCCCUCUGGGAGGGCUCAAAUUGGAGUUGGAACCUGAUGUCUACGUCCCUCUUCAAGGUCAUCUACUCCUACGCGGGUCUGAACAACGUCAACAAUGUCCUGGCAGAAGUCCAUCGCCCAAUCGAAACACUCCGCAUCGUCUGUCCCGCGGCGCUGAUCACUGCCGCUGCGCUAUACCUGCUCGCCAACGCGAGCUACUUCCUCGUCAUCCCCCCAGAAGACAUCAAACAGGGCGGGGAGCUCGUCGGUGCGCUUCUUUUCGACCGUCUCUUUGGUCCCCACAUCGGCCGCAUCGCCUUCCCGCUGGCGAUCGCCCUCUCCGCAGGGGGGAACGUCAUGGUCGUCGUCUAUGCUUUGUCACGUCUCAAUCAAGAAAUUGCAAAACAAGGCUUCCUACCCUACUCGCGCCGCUUCUCCUCGUCCAAACCCUUCGGAUCUCCCCUCGGCGGCCUCAUCGUGCACUACGUUCCCUCCAUCCUAGUCAUCGCUCUCCCUCCCCAAGGAGAUAUCUACAAUUUUAUUCUCGACGUGGAAGGCUACCCCGCUCAAAUCCUCGCCCUGGCUGUCACAGUCGGUCUGCUCUUGCUGCGUCUACGGGAGCCCGCGCGCCUUCGCCCCUUCAAGGCUUGGUUGCCUGCCGUGUGGCUGCGGAUCCUUGUGUGUAUUGCUCUGCUUGUCGCGCCGCUGAUCCCGCCACCGGAUCGGAAGGGGGACGUGCAGUUCUUCUACGCCACGUAUGCGAUCGUCGGGAGCGGAGUGUUGCUGUUCGGUGUUGUUUACUGGUAUAUUUGGACGGUGCUGCUCCCGCGCCGUGGGGGGUACCGUCUCCAGGAGGCAGGGGAGGUGCUGGAUGAUGGGACGAAGAUUACGAAUCCCAACCGCCGGGCCCCCUCCGCCCAGAAACCGCACCAUGUGCACACGACGCUGAACUUUAUCCGGGAAAUGGAAGACGGGUCCCACCUUGUCCCCAACAACAUCGGAGACCUCAAGUCCUACCACGAACGUCCCAUUGAGGCCGUCCCCGUUACAGUCCACGACGUCAGCGGCCACGAGCUGGACUACGCCCUGGACACCCACGGCUUCCAAUUUCAUUACCACGUCAGCAACGAGAAGACCUUCCUCGAUGAGGAUCGCAUCAAAAGCGAUUACUACGCCGAGACAGAGCAGCUCUUGAAGGAUGUAACCGGUGCCUCCCGCGUCUUCAUCUUUGACCACACCGUCCGUCGUUCGUCGAUCAUGACCCGUAAUAAAGAUGGCAACAGAGCCCCGGUCCAGGGAGUCCACGUCGAUCAGACCCCCGCGGCUGCCAAAGAUCGCGUCGAGUACCAUAUCCCGGAGGACGCCCCGGAGCUGCUGAAGGGCCGGUACCAGAUUAUUAACGUCUGGCGACCGGUCAAAACCAUCAAGAAGGACCCCCUCGCGGUGGCGGAUGCGCUCUCCGUGCCGGAUACUGACCUCAUCGCGAUUAAGCUGAUCUAUCCGGAGCGGGUGGGCGAAACAUACUCGGUGAAGCAGAGUCCCACCGCUAAGUGGUAUUAUCGCUAUGGGCAGACCCCCGAUCUUGUCACGUUAAUCAAGUGCUUCGAUUCGAAGACGGACGGGCGCUCACGCCGGGCACCCCAUUCGGCCUUUGUCAAUCCCGAGACAGAGGGCGAGGACACACGUGAGAGUAUCGAGGUGAGAGCGCUUGUAUUCCAUCCGGAGGAUCAGGAUUAG